GCCGGCCUUGAGACGCGGAGCAUGGUCGCUUCCGGUUUAAAACGGCUACCUGCGAUGUGCGGCAGACUUUGCGGCGGCGCCCGUCGCCUCGCACGCGCUGCGCCGCCGGCGCGCGACAACGCACGGAGCGCCGGCGGCGGGCGUCGCGCGCCGGGGGAACUGUCUCUGCCCGGUAAAGUGGACAAGUUCGGCGGAGUGACGGUGAACCUCGCGGACGUCGGUUUACCGUCGGACAUCAGCGAGAGCGUGUUCGGCGAUUUGCUGCAAGAGUCGUUGUCCCAGUGGAAAGUGGAGGGGAAAAUGGCCGUGUGGCUCCACGUGCCCAUCUCUCUGAGUCGAUGUGCUGCUGCCGCCUCUGCCCAUGGAUUCUCCUUCCACCACGCCAAGCCGAACCAGGCCGUGCUGGCCCUCUGGCUAGGUCAAGGACAGAGCAGGCUACCGGGAUUUGCAACUCAUCAGAUCGGCGUGGCAGGGGCCGUUGUUGACGAGUCCAAUGGAAAGGUUCUGGUUGUCCAAGACAAAAACAAGACAAAGAAUGCUUGGAAGUUCCCCGGUGGUCUGUCUGAUCCGGGGGAGAACAUUGGCGAGACUGCGGUGCGUGAGGUGUAUGAGGAAACCGGCAUUCGCUCUGAGUUUCAGUCCCUCCUCAGCAUCCGGCAGCAACACAACCACCCCGGCGCCUUCGGGAUGUCCGACAUGUACAUCAUCUGCCGGCUCAGCCCGCUGACCUACGACAUCCACUUCUGCACGCAGGAGUGCCUUCGCUGCGAGUGGCUGGACCUUGCCGAGCUCGCCGAAACCAACGAGACAACGCCCAUCACCACCCGCGUAGCCAGGUUGCUGCGCCACGGCCUGGAGCAAGGCUUCGACAAAAUCGACCUCUCCAUGGAGGAGCUGCCUGCCGUCUAUUCGGGGAUGUUUUACCAGUUAUACCAUCGACGACUUCCGCCUGCUCUAAAACCCUAGCUAGUCUUCCACCCAACCAGCCUCAUUGCCGUUAAUAAAAAUCAGACUUGAAGAGCACCGAUGACUGGACUUGUGGUUGCACGUUUGAUUUCCAUGUGGGUUUUUAACAAUGUUACACUGAAGGAAAUGGGGGUGCAAUAGAUCUCACGAUCACUGUAAACUUAAACGCACAUUGACGUGUUUUUAGAAAAACCAACUCUGGUUGGUGUUGUGCAGAAUCAGGCGGACCAUCUGGCCCAACCGGUCCAGGCUGUAGACCUAGAUCUUUGUUUGUUUGUUUUGCAAAUUAAAAGAUGGACCCGGGGUCCUCGGAAGUCAGAGGCUCUUGUUUAGUUUUAGUGGGGAAAAGUAAAGGAACAAGCAGCGAUCAUAUCUAGUUUGGCCAUAGUUGCCAAGGAGCAGCGCUUUAGGAUAUACUUAAAAUGUAAAACUCUACCGUAGCAUAAACCAUCAGGGUUUUUCAGAUU